UAUCAGUUAGAAUAAAUAAAUAGUUAAUUGACCUAAUAAAUUACAAUGACACCCGGUAGUUUCAUUUCAAUGUCAAUGCAUUGUUAAAUAUACACUUCUAAAUACGCACAAAGUGUGCAAAAAACGAUGGAGGAACCAGAUGAAUAUGAAUUUUCAUUGUAUUCUGUUCAAAAUUGAUAUACUCUUUCAAAAAUGAUUAUUCGAAAUUAUCAGAAAGCCAUCUACUACCUCAAAUCUUCAGGGAUAUGUAUAAUCGCGGGCAGUGGGUGCUGGCUUGCUUAUCAAAUCAAACAAACUGUAUCAAUAUUAAAUUCUGUUCUACCAACCAAUAUACUCAAUUUGGAACAUUCUCAAGCUCAGUAUAUUUAUGUUGAUGAUCCACGUUUUAAUGAUAUUUUUAUGUUCAACUAUGAAAAUGAUCUCCAGUUGUCUGUCACAGAAAAACCAAAGAGCUUAUCUGAUGUUGUUACUAAAUGGUGGAAAUCAUUGAACCGUAAUUUGGCUUUACGAUUUUUUCAUCUAGCUCAAAGAGGUGAUAAAACUGAAAAAAGAAGAGCAAUAAAUUCUUUGAGUUCAUUGAAACAUUUGAAAGAUUGGCACUAUCGACAAAUUGCCCAAAUGUUAGAUGCACAAAUUGCUGUAGCCUUAGCACGUACACCUGAAGCUGACUUACGUUUCUUUUUAAAGCCCCCUUAUUUUCAUGAGCAAUAUAAGCUUUAUGAAAUUAUAGAGCAGCUCCAUGAUCUUUUAUCAAAACUAAAUGUGCUGAGUAGAGGAAUGCAUCCAUGUCUGUUACAAUACUUACAUAAAAAUUUCCAAAGCUCUCAUCGUGAUACUUCAAUUUUUGAACAUGAUUUGACAGGUAUUGGACUUUCUGGACCUCCUUCCAUUGCAUGGGAUGAGAGCUUUCUGCAAAAUUGCAUUUAUGCUCUUCAUCAUCAUUCUUCAUUAGAAGAACAUACAAAAGAUAUAGCAGAUGUAGGAGGAUUAAAAACUUUGAUGAAUGUUUACAAACUUGUUGGAGAUGAUGUAGAAAUAUGCUCGCUAAUCGCUAAAGUGCUUUCUAAUCUUUCCUUACACCCAGAAUAUUUGAACGAUAUUUUCAGAUCUGGUUGGAUUGGAAUAUUAGCAGCUUGGUCGCGACAUCCCGAUAUCAAGCUUGCAGCUCCAGCAAGUCGAGCUUUAGCUAAUCUUGAUAAUGAUGAUGAUGAGAAAUAUCCUCAACGAAUUUAUCCUCUUUAUCCUUUACAUAGAGUUCAUUUUCCCAAAAAGUUAGAUGUUAUUUUCAUACAUGGCUUACUCGGCGGUGUAUUUGUUACAUGGCGCCAACGUGAUAUUGAUUCAAAUUUACCAAUACCUAGUCCUACCAAGGAUCAGAUAAGUUUGAAAAAAAUGGUAGACGAUUAUCCCUCAGAAUUUUUAAGAGAUUUAGCUCAAGACUUGGAAAUACGUGAAUGGCAACGCAUUGGUCAUGAUUACGAAGUUAUACUAUAUGAUUGUCCGAUCAAUAUGAACAAAAGAGCUACUGGACCAUUUUUCUGUCAAGGCGGUGAUGAGUGUAUGCAAAAAAGUGAAAAAGACCGUAAAUAUAGAACUGAAUGUUGGCCCAAAGAUUGGUUGCCUGAAGAUGUGCCAAAUUUACGAAUUAUUGGAAUCAAUUACAGUACAAAUUUAUCAAUGUGGACUCCUUUAUGUCCUAUAGAGGGUGUAAGGAGUCCAAUAAAAGCUCGAAGUACUGAAUUUGUGAAUAAACUUGCAAUAGCUGGAGUAGGUAAACGUUCAAUCGUUUGGGCUUGUCAUUCUAUGGGUGGAUUACUCAUGAAACAAAUGCUUGUAGAAGAAUGGAAGAAUGGAGACAAAAACAGUCUCGUAAAAAAUACCAGAGGAAUUGUAUUUUAUAGCACGCCUCAUCGAGGGUCUCACGUAGCAGCCCUUAAUCAAACAACCCAAAUGUUAGUUUGGCCGUCAAUAGAAGUUCAAGAAUUACGCGAAGAAACACCGCAAUUACUUCAACUUCACGAAGAUUUUUUAAAGAUGUUACAAGAACAUGAUAUUGAAAUUAUUAGUUUUGGAGAGACAAAGCCUACCCGGGUUACUGCACUCAAAGUCCCAUUUAUAUUUGUGAAUCCUAGUUCUGCGAAUCCGGAUGUAGGUGAAUUCUUCGAGAUUCCACAAGAUCACCUUUCAAUAUGUAAACCUGCAAAUAGGCAAUCUUUUCUCUAUCAAAAAAUGUUGUCAAUGAUCAAACGAAACAUACAAACUCCUGCAGACAAACAAUUCCAUUGGAGAAACUUACUGAAAGUUUUUUCAUUAUUUUAAUUUCAUUUUUCUGUUCUCUUUGUAAAUAAUUACUAGUAAUGACAAGGAAAGCUCUUAAAUGACGGCAAAAAGACUGUUUCAGUUAGGAAAAAUAAGUUUCAUAAUAAGAGAAACAGUUACCAAACGACUUGUACAUAUAUUUUAUUAAGACAUAUGUACACACACGUGUUUUGAAAAUGACUGUGAUCAAUA